GACCUGUCCAAGAUGAUAUUAUUUUUAGUCAGUCUUUUCCUUGGGAACAUUCCUUCAUUUGCAUUUUCAGCAUCCCAGCCAAAAAUAAACUGCCUUAUCAUAAACCUGGACUAUGUUAAUUGCACCUGGAGUGAGCAUGAGCAAAGUUACAGUUUCAAGAGCAAGUUUUCACAUAACGAAAUUCUGGAUUGUCCUAAAUAUCUCAAGAUUAAAGGUGUUAACGUGGGCUGCAUUUUAACCUACGAAAACCCACUACGGUUUAAUACUUUAAACACAUGGCUGUACAGUGACAACGGCAGUUUGGUGACAGAGCAGAAACAUGAAAACAUUAAAGCAUCUGUGAAGCUUUACCCUCCAUUCAACCUGUCUGUGGUGGAAAAAAAAGAUGCUGAACUGUGGCUGUACUGGAAUAUUACAAGGAACUACGUCUGCAUUGAGAGUGAAAUUCGUCACAGGACAGACAACAAUGCCUGGAAGAACACCACUCCAGGCCACAGGACCUCCUUCAGUUUGCCUUUUCCCUCAAAAAAGCGGUAUGAGUUCCAGGUCAGGGCUCGAAUAGGGUAUUCCUGCGUAGAGUCCAUGUUUUGGAGCGACUGGAGUGAGCCUGUCUACUGGGGAUCUUUAAAGGCCAACAAUAACACAGAGAGUCCGAUUAACAUGUCUGUGACGUCACUGGUGCUGUAUAUAGUGGGAGCCACAAUAAUUCUCAUCAUACUCUCCUGCUUGCUCAUCCAUAGCGAGAGGUUAAGAAUCAUUUUAAUACCAGUGGUACCAAAUGCAGGACGAAAUGUAAGCAAUUACCUUGCAGCCCUUUUUGACAAUUAUAAUGGCAAUGUUGAGAAAUGGCUGUCCAUGCCUAAAGAUCUGGAGAACGGCUUCAAACCCAAUUUCACAGAGCGUGCCUGCCCUGUGCGCGAGUACAAGACAGUGUCCCAGUCCAGCACUGACAGCGAAAGCAUCCUCUCAAUCCCAACAGAGCUGUCAUCAGAUAAUCAGUGCAUGCAUAGCUCAUCAGCCUCCACCAUACCUGGAUCUGCCGAAACCCCACAAACCCAAGAUCAAUCGCAAGUGGAUAUUCCAGUCUAAAUCUUCAUCUUAAUCUGAGGCAAAUAAAGUUGAGAGUUUAUCUUUGAAAUUUAGAUUUUAAAUUAGAAUCUUGAUUGAAAAGAAAAAUAUUUCCAAGUGAAAAAAGGGUUUUGCAUGUGUUAUAUAAUGAUGAAUCCCAGUCGAAUCUAGUAUUGGCAUUUUGAAACCUUUUUUUUUUUAUCAACUCAAAACAAGGAAUGAUAAACAUUCAGUUGCUUCUUUUUCUUAUGUUUAAGCAGGGUAGUGUAGUGUUUAUAAUUGAAAUAGUGUUCUUUUUUUUUUUUUUUACAUAGUUUGGAGUUGGUUUUUGUUAUAAUAGGUCAGGUGGAGUUGCAGCAUAGUA